AUGUCGGCUACUUCGUUGCAAAAGGAAAGAAUAACUGAGUCAAUCAAGAAUAAUUAUCAAAGCUUGGAAAAUCGGAAGCAAAUUCUAGGCGACAGAAACGUUGUUGAAAGGAAUAUUUUGUUACUUGGACGGUCGAAAAGUGGCAAGACGACAUUAAAACAAAUGAUUAAAGAUCCAACUUUGGUCUCUCAUGAGUCAAAUCUACUAUCAGACUCCGAUACUAUUGAAAUAGAAACAAUGGAACUUGAAAAGUCAAAUCUUUCACUGACGAUUGUGGAUGCAAAUGGUCUAUGCGGACGUCCAGAAGAUUAUGAGAAACUUUCGAUGAUUCGUCAGGUCACAGCCAAACGUGGUAUUGACAAUUUUCAUUGUAUUUGUUAUUGCCUGUCGCUAGAAGCUGGUAUUCGGCAACAAGACAUUGCUGCUGUGAAGAAUAUUAUCAAUUGUUACGGGGAGCACAUUAAGUCUAUAUUAUGCAUGGUCAUUACACGAUGUGAAGGAAAAGUUGAAGAGCAACGUACUCGAAUAAAGGCCGAAAUUGAACAGGAUUAUCUUUUCAAAGAUGUUAUAAAGCUGUUUGAUCAAGGUGUACAUUUCUCAGGUUGUCUAAAAUAUGAUGAUUGGUAUCAAGGAAAUGAAGCCCUCUAUAAUCAAUUUUCAACGAUUUAUGGCUAUCGAGAGAAGCUUCUACAUCUUUUUCGCAAAAAUAUCGAACGUGUGUGUAUCGAGAUUCCAUCGAAACCUACUGUUUCCAACUCGACAUCUAUAGUAACCAUUGAUGAACGAUCAACAAAUGGCAGCUAUCAACAUACGAAUGUGGCACAAAACAGGUAUAUACAUGGGAUAUCUAUUCUUUAUUAUGAGCUUACUGAGCAUUGCUUUGAGUUGGCAUCAAAUCGCCUAUUGUGUAAACCUCCGCUAGAUCUAUUUUCUCUAGGUUUUCUUAAAGAAAUGUAA